AUGGCAGGAAUUGAUAUGCUUCUUCCAGCAAACUUGGAAAAACCCUCUCACCAUCGCGAAGAAACCAACUCAUCACCACUCACCACUGCCCGUCACUCCUGUUCGCUCUCAUCUCUGCGCUUCUCACCUUCGCCAACCCUGUCGCACACAACCCUCACCUUCACCAUUCUCGCCGUCGCUGAUGACCGUCGCUGUUGCUGCACUGACCAUCGCUCUUCUUCUCCGUUCUACCCUAAUCGUCUUCUUCGUGCCCUAAUCGCUGAUGACCGUCGCUGUUCUGACCAUCGCUGUUGCUGCGCCACCGUCACCAUCGUCAUCUCCGUGCUUCUCAUCAUCGUCUUAUCUGGACAUUGCCAUCCUAAAAUUCUGAAAGCCUUAACAGAGCAGGCAGAAAAGCUGACCCUGAGCUCUCGAGCCUUUUACGGUGAUCAGUUUCCACCAUUUGUUGAGCAUUUGACAAGUAUGCUUGGUUAUGAUAUGGUUCUUCCCAUGAACACUGGUGCUGAAGGAGUGGAAACAGCUCUAAAAUUAGCAAGAAAGUGGGGUUAUGAAAAGAAAAGAAUUCCCAAAGAUGAGGCUAUUAUUGUGUCAUGUUGUGACUGCUUCCAUGGCCGUACACUACCUGUUAUAUCUAUGAGUUGUGACAAUGAAGCUACCCGGGGUUUUGGUCCUUUAUUGCCUGGCCAUCUUAAAGUUGAUUUUGGUGAUGCAGAAGCCCUUGAAAGAAUUUUUAAAGGAGAACACAUAGCUGGCUUUCUUUUGGAACCCAUCCAGGGUGAAGCUGGGGUAAUCAUUCCUUCGGAUGGCUAUUUGAAAGCUGUUAGAGAUCUUUGCACCAGAUAUAAUGUGCUGAUGAUUACAGACGAAAUACAAACUGGGUUAGCAAGAACAGGGAAGAUGCUGGCUUGUGACUGGGAAGAAGUUCGCCCAGAUGUUGUGAUACUAGGGAAAGCAUUGGGUGGAGGAGUUUUUCCUGUGAGUGCAGUUCUUGCAGACAAGGAUGUAAUGCUUUGUAUAAAACCAGGAGAGCAUGGAAGUACCUUUGGCGGGAAUCCAUUGGCCAGUGCUGAACUUCUUAAAUCCUAUGAUUAUAAAGUUUUACCUAAAGGAGCUAAAGCUACUGUCUCUCUAUGGUUCAGUUGCAUUUGAUGAAGAUUUUGAAGCUCAACUAGCUGACAACAAUGAUG